AGCCAGUAUGUCCAGCAGAAACAACAACAAGCUACCCAGCAACCUCCCUCAGUUACAGAAUCUGAUCAAGCGGGACCCGCCGGCCUACAUCGAAGAGUUUCUACAGCAAUAUAAUCACUACAAAUCCAAUGUGGAGAUUUUCAAAUUACAACCAAAUAAACCCAGCAAAGAACUGGCAGAGCUGGUGAUGUUUAUGGCACAGAACACCUUAAUUGUGUGCAUCCGAAUAACUUAGAAAGGGAGACACUUCAAAAGAGCCUUUGUUUUGUUACAGAUUAGUCACUGCUACCCAGAAUAUCUAAGUAGCUUUCCUCAGGAACUGAAAGAUCUGCUGUCUUAUAAUCACACUCUCUUGGAUCCUGAUCUACGAAUGACAUUUUGCAAAGCUUUGAUAUUACUGAGAAAUAAGAAUCUCAUCAAUCCAUCAAGUUUGCUGGAGCUCUUCUUUGAACUUCUGCGUUGCCAUGAUAAGCUUCUACGAAAGACUCUAUAUACUCAUAUUGUGACUGAUAUCAAGAACAUAAAUGCAAAACACAAGAACAAUAAAGUUAAUGUAGUCUUGCAAAAUUUCAUGUACACCAUGUUAAGAGACAGCAAUGCAACUGCAGCCAAGAUGUCUUUGGAUGUGAUGAUUGAACUCUACAGAAGAAACAUCUGGAAUGAUGCCAAAACUGUCAAUGUUAUCACAACUGCAUGCUUUUCUAAGAUCACCAAGAUAUUAGUCGCUGCUUUGACAUUCUUCCUAGGAAAAGAUGAAGAAGAGAAACAGGACAGUGAGUCAGAAUCUGAGGAUGAAGGACCAACAGCAAGAGACCUUCUAGUACAGUAUGCCACAGGGAAGAAAAGCUCCAAACACAAGAAAAAAUUGGAAAAGGCUAUGAAAGUUCUCAAGAAACAAAAGAAGAAGAAAAAACCAGAAGUGUUUAACUUUUCAGCUAUUCACUUGAUUCAUGAUCCCCAAGAUUUUGCAGAAAAACUACUAAAACAACUAGAGAGCUCUAAGGAGAGAUUUGAAGUGAAGAUGAUGCUCAUGAACCUUAUCUCCAGAUUGGUGGGAAUUCAUGAGCUUUUCCUCUUUAACUUCUACCCCUUUAUUCAAAGGUUUCUACAGCCCCACCAAAGAGAAGUAACAAAGAUCCUUCUGUUUGCCGCACAAGCAUCUCAUCACCUGGUUCCCCCAGAGAUCAUUCAGUCAUUGCUAAUGACUGUGGCCAACAAUUUUGUUACUGACAAGAACUCUGGUGAAGUUAUGACAGUAGGAAUCAAUGCUAUAAAAGAGAUAACAGCUCGAUGUCCUUUAGCCAUGACUGAAGAACUUCUCCAAGACCUGGCCCAGUAUAAAACACACAAAGAUAAGAAUGUGAUGAUGUCUGCUAGAACUUUGAUUCAGCUGUUCCGAACACUGAAUCCUCAGAUGUUGCACAAGAAAUUCCGGGGUAAGCCUACAGAGGCCUCAAUAGAAACAAGAGUGCAAGAAUAUGGAGAAUUAGAUGCUAAAGAUUACAUUCCAGGAGCAGAAGUUCUGGAAGUUGAGAAAGAGGAAGAGAAUGCUGAAAAUGAUGAAGAUGGAUGGGAAAGUGCCAGUCUCAGUGAAGAUGAAGAUGAUGAUGGUGAAUGGGUUGACGUGCACCACUCUUCUGAUGAAGAACAGCAAGAAAUUUCCAAGAAGCUGAACAGCAUGCCCAUGGAGGAGCGGAAAGCCAAAGCUGCAGCCAUUAGCACUAGUCGGGUUUUAACUCAGGAAGACUUCCAGAAAAUCCGCAUGGCCCAAUUGAGAAAAGAACUCAGUGCUGCCCCCGGGAAAGCAGAAAAGAGGAAAUGUAUUGAAAUAGACAGUGAUGAGGAGCCCAGGGGCGAAUUACUUUCACUUCGAGACAUUGAACGCCUUCAUAAAAAACCAAAGUCUGACAAGGAGACAAGAUUAGCAACUGCAAUGGCUGGAAAGACAGAUAGAAAAGAAUUUGUGAGGAAGAAAACCAAAAUGAAUCCAUUUUCAAGUUCCACAAAUAAAGAGAAGAAAAAACAGAAGAAUUUUAUGAUGAUGCGGUAUAGCCAGAAUGUCCGGUCAAAAAAUAAGCGUUCCUUCAGAGAAAAGCAGAUAAACUAUGAAGAGUUAAAAAAUUCUAAUGAAAUGGAGAAGCGGAAUGGAGCUGCAUUUUCUCCUGGUCCCUUUCUACAACAGGUCUUCCUGGUAUCUUCUCGAAAUCCCACCAAUCAUUUGAAUAAUUUCAAACCCCUCCAGGCUGCGGUUUACACCCACUCGGCCCACGGGGUUGAGGUGGAGGUGAGGACGGGGAAUGUGGGAGCAGGUGGCGCGCAUCAUUUGCCCUCGCGUUGUGCGAGCGUUCAAGCGGACAAAGAACUAGGUGGCAGAGACCAAAGCGCCGGAGCAGGAAGCCAGCCAGGGUUGGAAGAUGGAAUGAAGUGGGAGGUACCGCCGUGGGCUCCACCCCCAGCCCUCCCGGCACCGCCCCAUCUCCUCCUCCGCCUCCUCCACCUCCUCCUCCUCCACCUCCUCCGCUUUGCCAGAGUGCGGGCCGCUGUCUCUGCGGCCAAAGUUGUGGCAGCCGAGUUGUAG